UGCCAUGAAACAUCCUUCUACUACCACUACCCCACUUGUCACUAAAAAAGACUAGGAAAGUGCCUCACGAGAAUUAUUGAAGUUCAUCUCAAUUCCUUACACUUCUUACUUCCUCUCUUCUCAUCCAUCCAUCACUUACACUCUUACAGAUCUUCUUUUCUUGAUAUCAUGGCAGUUGCAUUAGUGGGUGGAGCUUUUCUCUCUGGUUUUGUUAAUGUUGCUCUUGAUAAGCUCACUUCUCCUGAGUUUCUCAACUUCAUCCGGAGAAAGAAGCUUGACAAUUUGCAUUUAAGGUUGAAGACUACUCUUUAUGCCGUUAAAGCUGUGCUGAACGAUGCAGAGCAGAAACAUAUAACAGACUCUGAAGUGAAAAACUGGCUUGAUGACCUCAAAGACGCUGUCUAUGUGGCUGAUGACGUUCUGGAUCUGCUUUCUACUAAAGCUGCCACUGGAAAGCAGGUGAGCAACAUCUUCUCUAGACAUUUCAAUUUCAAUUCUCAAGACAGGGACAUGGUUAACCGCUUGGAAGACAUAGUUGGCAGACUAGAAUCCAUUGUCAAACACAGAGAUAUUCUUGGUCUUAAGGAGGUUGCUAACGUCACCAUGUCAUCGAGACUUCCAUCUACCUCUCUCAUGGAGACUCGGUCUACUAUCUAUGGUAGGGAUCAAGAUGAGAAGGCCAUACUCAAGUUGUUGAUAGAUGAUAAUCAAAGUGAUGGUAAAGUAUGUGUCAUCCCUAUUGUGGGCAUGGGCGGAGUGGGGAAAACCACUUUAGCCCAACUGGUGUAUAAUGAUGAUCAUGUAAAGCAGAAGUUUAGUUUACGUGCAUGGGCUUGUGUUUCAGAUGAAUUUGAUAUUCUCAAGGUUAUGAAGACUAUCACAGGGGCUAUUACCAAAAGAAAUUGUACUCUGAAUGAUAUCGAUUUGCUUCAUCUUGAAUUGAAGGAAAAUUUGACCGGGAAGAAAUUCUUAAUAGUAUUGGAUGAUGUUUGGAUGGAGAAUUCUGUUAAUUGGAAUUUUCUUAUAAAACAUCUUCAGUUCGGGACACAGGGAAGUAAAAUCCUCGUGACAACACGUAGUGAAAAAGCUGCUUCUAUGAUCCAAACCUUCCAAUGUUACCAUAUGAAUCAAUUGUCUGAUAAAGAUUGUUGGUAUGUUUUUGCGAGCCAUGCAGGUAUUUCAUUAGAAUCUACCGGAAACAUGACUUUUGAAACAAUUGGUAGACAAAUUGUUAAAAGGUGUAAGGGGUCACCUUUAGCGGCACAAUCACUUGGAGGCUUAUUGCGAGGGAAGCAUGAUAUCGGAGACUGGAACAAUAUAUUGAAUAGCAACAUUUGGGAACUUCCUGAAAAUGAGAGCAAUAUUAUUCCAGCACUGAGAAUUAGUUAUCAUUAUCUACCUCCACAUCUGAAACGUUGUUUUGUUUAUUGUUCAUUGUUUCCGAAGGAUUAUAAGUUUUAUAAAGAUGAACUAAUCUUGUUGUGGAUGGCGGAGGAUCUUUUAGAGCCUACAAAAACUGGAAAGACUUUAGAAGAAGUUGGUCAUGGGUAUUUUGUUGAUUUGGCUUCAAGAUCAUUUUUCCAGAGAGAUAUAUCGAAUGAGUAUUUUGUGAUGCAUGAUCUUAUACAUGAUUUAGCAAUCUUACUUAGUGGAGAAUUCUAUUCUAGAUUGGAAGAACUUGGAAAAGAAGCUAAGAUCAGUACGAAGACUCGUCAUUUGUCAAUUAGUGGGUUCAUUGGUCAAGUCUCAGAAAGUUUUGAUAUUUUUUCCAAGGUAAAAAUUUUGAGGUCAUUUUUGCCAAUUAAUCUCAAAGAUUCUCCAUUCAACAAUGGAAAGGCAGCAUGCACCAUUCUCUCCAAUUUGAAAUACCUAAGAGAAUUGUCAUUCUGCAAAUUCUCAAAUCUAGAUGCAUUACCCGAUUCAAUAGGUGAAAUGAUUCAUUUGCGAUAUUUAAAUCUCUCUCACACAAGUAUAAAUGCUCUACCAGAGUCAUUGUGUAACUUAUACAAUUUACAAACAUUGAAGUUGUACAAUUGUAGGGAGCUGACUAUGCUGCCUAAUGACAUGCAAAAUCUUGUGAAGUUGCGCCAUCUUGAUAUCUGGGGAACUGAUUUAAAAGAGAUGCCUAGAGAAAUGAGUAAAUUGCAUCAUUUGCAGCAUUUAAGUUGCUUUAUUGUGGGCAAGCAUGAAGAGAAUGGGAUCAAGCAACUCGGAAAACUUUCAAAUCUUCAUGGAUUACUUAAGAUUAUGAAAUUGGAGAAUGUUAGCAACAGUAAUGAAGCAUUGGAGGCUAAGGUAAGGGAUAAGAAGCACCUUGACCGCUUAGAAUUGUGCUGGUCUUCAGGAAACGAUUUUAACGAUUCCCAAGGUGAAAUGGACAUUCUUUGCAAGUUACAACCUCAUCAAGACCUGAAAGGACUAGAGAUAUCUGGAUACAGGGGCACAAAAUUUUCAGAAUGGGUUGGAUACUCUUCCUUCCAUCGCAUGACUCGCAUAGUUCUAUCUGGCUGUGAGAACUGUUGUAUGCUUCCUUCCCUUGGACAACUACCCUCUCUCAAGAGUCUUCAUAUUAGAAAAUUGAAUGGGCUUGAGAAUGUGGGUGUUGAAUUUUUCAAGAGUGAUGAUUCCUUUACUGGGACACCCUUUCCCUCCCUUGAAAAAUUGGAUAUUUGGAACAUGCCAUGUUGGGAAGUGUGGAAUCAUCCAAUUGAGUCAAAUGCCUUUCCUCAGCUAAAGCGCCUCACCAUAAGUGAUUGUCCCAGAUUAAGGGGAGAUUUGCCAACUCAUCUUCCAGCUUUGGAAUCACUUUCGAUUAAGAAUUGUGAGCAGCUUGCUUCUAACCUUCCUAGGGCUCCCGUCAUCCGGUCAUUAAAUGUAGAGAAAAGCAAUAAAGUGUCCUUGCGAGAGCUACCCAUUUCGGUGGAAGAGCUAGAAAUCAGAGGAAGCGAGGCGGUGGAGUCUAUGUUUGAGGCCAUCUCCAUCAUCCAACCAACUUGUCUUCAAGUUUUAGAGAUCCGGAGUUGUUCAUCUGCCUUAUCAUUCCCGGGAGAUUGUUUACCCGCAUCACUCAAGAGAUUGGAAAUCAGGAAGUGUAGGAAACUAGAAUUUCCAAAGCAAAACGAGUUACUUGAAGCGCUGACUGUAUGGGACAGCUGUGAUUCUCUCAUAUCCCUUCAGUUGGAGACCUUUCCAAAUCUCCGUUCUCUCACCAUCAUAAACUGUGCAAAUCUGGAACGUAUUUCAGUACCGAAUGCAGGUCUUCACAAUCUCACAUCUUUCGAGAUAAAUGGCUGCCCCAAAUUUGUAUCAUUCCCAAUAGAAGGAUUGCAUGCGCCCAACUUGACUGAAAUCGUCGUCUUUAAUUGCGAAAAGUUAAAGUCAUUACCUUGUCACAUGAAUACUCGUCUCCCAAAGUUAGAAUCUCUGUGGAUAAGUAAUUGCCAAGAAAUUGAGUCCUUUCCUAGUAAAGGGGAUAUGCCGUCUAGCUUGAGAUCACUUACCAUCGACGGCUGCGAGAAUGUGAUAAGGAGCACAUGCCUAGCUUCGAUGGACAUGCUCACUGACCUUACCAUUGGAGGUCCAUGGGAUGGGGUCAAGUCCUUCCCGCAGGAGGGUUUGAUGUUGCUGCCUCCCUCCCUUACCUCCCUGCGCCUAUCUGGAUUAAUAAGUGUGGAGACGUUGGAGUGCAAGGGGCUUCUCCACCUCACCUCCCUCCAUCAAUUAACGAUUCGGUUCUGUCCCAAGCUGAAGAAUGUGGCGGCAGAAAGGCUGCCUGCCUCUCUAAUAAAACUUGAUAUCAUUAGGUGUCCUCUGCUGGAAGAACGGUGCAAAAUGAAGCACCCACAAAUUUGGCCCAAAAUUUCCCACAUCCCAGGCAUUGCAGUUAAUUACAGAUGGAUUUCUUGAACUUGAACCAGGAUUAUCAAUAGUUUGUUUGCACAAGGUCAUAUGGGUUAGCUGCCCAGUCACAACAACAGCAAAAAUUAACAUUUAAAGACAUUGAAGCGGCUAACUCCCUUGUUGAUUAUGCUAGGAAUAUCAGUACAAUCAAGACCCUGUUGCAUCUGGUUCAGAAUCAGGAAGAAAUGUUGAAUCACUUCUUGAGAAAUCAAGUAAGUAAGUCAAUCGUGCCCAAUAUAGACAGGACUAAUUCUAUGAGUCACUGCUUAAUUGAGACCUUUCCAAAUCUGAGUAAACUUGCAACCAGAAACUGAAACUCUGAAAUGUCCUUCCGACUCAGAGUCACAGGAUAGUGUUCUUAAGAAUCUCUGUCAUUUUUCCAUUGAUGGACGCCACAAUAUUGUCUCUCCCAAGAGAAUGAUGGCAUGCGCCCAGCAAGACUAAAUUUCUCGUCUUCGGAUGCUAGAAGUUGAAGUUAUUGCCUUCUCACAUGAACACCCUUCUUCCAAAGUUACCCGAGUGAAUGAUUUGCUUGAAAUUGAAUCCUUUCCUGAAGGAGGUCCAUGUCAUGGUGUCAAUUGCUUCCCUCCCCAAGGAGGCUUUUUUCCAACAGUUCUCGAUUUAUCGAAUAGGAAGUUGAGAGGGAAAUCUAUAUUGUAAAUUGUAGGUACAGCUAUAGAAGAAGUGUUGGAAGUUGAAAGAAACCAUAACAUAGCUUCAAACUGGAUAAUACUUGAAGGCUUGUUUGUCAACCUCUUCUCACUAUAAGCUACUCAAACAAGACUUCAUCCCGGGAGGGAAUAAAAAAGACUGCAACUUCCGAAGAUGGCUGCAAGUUUUGCUUCCAGAUGUUCUCGUGGAUUGUUAGCACAAGUUGUUUUAGUUUAGAUGCCGGGGGGUCACCUUCAAUGUGCUUUUAUUACAAUUAUUAGAGGAUCAAGCUAAGAAGGAAGUUGGUUAGUUAUUAGUUCCGAGCAGUUAGUUAUUAGUUUCUAUGUUCUGUUAAUUCUUAUUUGUUCGUUAGUUAGUUAGUUAGCUCAGCUUGGGUAGUUAUCUUCUGUAGCCUAACUCACAUUAGCAUAGAUUAAUACGGCCUCCUCUAUAUGUGAAUGAGGCUAGAUCUGUACAAUCCAAGAAUCAACCAAGUGAGCAUUUGACUCUUCUCUUAACAAAUUCUCUGUUAGCUUUGGUUACAACAAUAACUUUCUCCAGGAGACUGAAUUUCCUUCACACUGUUAUACAUGACGUGUAUUGGUUGUCCUGCAUUGCUGCUGCUUUUUCUUGCCAUCCUUUUUCUGUAGCACACGAAAAUUCAAGGGUUCUUCAGCAUCACAGCCGCACAAUAUAUCUGAUGCAGCGGAAGUCGUACUAGGAUUGCAAGCGCAAAUCCUAAAAGAAAAGGUUUCUGGAAUCCACCAGAAAGUAAGGGUUAGCAAGCACUGAACCCUAAAAAGAUAACUCUGGAAUCCACCAGUAAAGAGAGAAAAAUCUCAAAUUUGAUUAUCAAUAAUAAACUGAAUAGGCUAUUGCCUUACACGUGCUUAAAUAGAGAAAUAGGAAAACCCUAAUGAAACUAAAAAUAAUGAAAAUCCUAACUAAAAGAUCCUAAACUCAAUUAGAAAGUAAUUAAAAAUAACAAAUCCUAACAAAUUGAUCCUAAACUUAAUUAAAAACAGAAUAGAUUCGGAAUGAUCCUAAAUAUAUUUAAAAAUACUAAAAAUAAUAAAUUCAUAAUUAAUUUGCUCCUGCAUCAGGCUCCUCUUCUUGUGAAGAACUCGACCCCGAGUUCUAACGUAACAAAAAAAAACAAAGGAGGCCUCUGUUCGGAACUCAUGAACGACAUUAAGAAUGCCAGGGUCAAAUACCCAAAUUUGUGUAGAACUAUCUGAUGUCCGCAUGAAUGCGUCACAACCAAGUGCCUCUGAUGUCUUUACAUUCUUGAUGCAGCGGAAGUCAUACUAGGAUUGCAAGCGCAAAUCCUAAAAGAAAAGGUUUCUGGAAUCCACCAGAAAGUAAGGGUUAGCAAGCACUGAACCCUAAAAAGAUAACUCUGGAAUCCACCAGUAAAGAGAGAAAAAUCUCAAAUUUGAUUAUCAAUAAUAAACUGAAUAGGCUAUUGCCUUACACGUGCUUAAAUAGAGAAAUAGGAAAACCCUAAUGAAACUAAAAAUAAUGAAAAUCCUAACUAAAAGAUCCUAAACUCAAUUAGAAAGUAAUUAAAAAUAACAAAUCCUAACAAAUUGAUCCUAAACUUAAUUAAAAACAGAAUAGAUUCGGAAUGAUCCUAAAUAUAUUUAAAAAUACUAAAAAUAAUAAAUUCAUAAUUAAUUUGCUCCUGCAUCAGGCUCCUCUUCUUGUGAAGAACUCGACCCCGAGUUCUAACGUAACAAAAAAAAACAAAGGAGGCCUCUGUUCGGAACUCAUGAACGACAUUAAGAAUGCCAGGGUCAAAUACCCAAAUUUGUGUAGAACUAUCUGAUGUCCGCAUGAAUGCGUCACAACCAAGUGCCUCUGAUGUCUUUACAUUCUCCUCUUCUUCCAAAGAACUUGACCACAAGUUCUCUUCUAAAUAAAAGGCUUCAAUAUGCAAACCAACCAAACGAACAACACCAUUACUACAACUUCGAACUAUUUUUUCAUCAUCUCCUUCAACAAAUAUCUCAUGAGCACCAUCACUAUCUUUAAGCAAUUCUAACCUCUCCAGUUUCUCCAAAAUAACAUUGGGGGCUUUUGAAUUAUAGGGGAUAAUGCCUUGUACUCCUGUAGGAAGCGGAGUUGAAGAUUUGAAUGUAAGAAACUCUGAGGACUUCAUGUGGCCAAAGUUUUCAUCUUUUGUAACGUCUACUUCCCUUGGUUUCUGCGCAGAUGGUACCAAAUCAUCCACCAACAUUUUUGCCUCAUCUUCCAUGUCAACAAUAGAGGAUGGCGCAAAUGAAAUUUGAGAAUCUGAUUCCGAAGAAGUUGCGUACAUAGGUCUUGCAGAUGGACAUGAAUUUGAAAUAGGUUUUGGUAGGGGUUGUGGCAAGGAAAUUGGAUUUGCAGUCGGUGAUAUGUUGGGGUAAGGAUUGAUAAGGUUGGAUGUAGCAGGUUGGGGGUGUGGAGUUUCGGUGGUUUUAGAGGUUGGGUACUGAACUUGGUAAUAAGGAUGAGAUACGGAUGGUGAAUGCAAAGAUUGGGAAGGUAAAGAUAUAGCGGAACGAUUGUUGUUGUUGUCGCGCGGAAACCUAUGUGGUUUCCCUCUCCUGUCUCGUCGCCGGUUACCGUUGUUGGUAUUGUUGAUCUGCGCCGUUAAAGCCGCUGUGAACGUCGCCAUAUGUUGUAUCAUUUGUUGUGUCAUAUGUUGCGUAAUAGCAGUUAGGGCCGCGGUAAGAGCCGCGGUAACAUCCUUUAGGUCUGCUUUGGUCAUUGGUUGAUCUUCCAUGGUUGAUCAAGCAAAGAAAAGAGACAGGAGAAAGCCUGCUCUGAUACCACUUGAUACAGCGGAAGUCGUACUAGGAUUGCAAGCGCAAAUCCUAAAAGAAAAGGUUUCUGGAAUCCACCAGAAAGUAAGGGUUAGCAAGCACUGAACCCUAAAAAGAUAACUCUGGAAUCCACCAGUAAAGAGAGAAAAAUCUCAAAUUUGAUUAUCAAUAAUAAACUGAAUAGGCUAUUGCCUUACACGUGCUUAAAUAGAGAAAUAGGAAAACCCUAAUGAAACUAAAAAUAAUGAAAAUCCUAACUAAAAGAUCCUAAACUCAAUUAGAAAGUAAUUAAAAAUAACAAAUCCUAACAAAUUGAUCAUAAACUUAAUUAAAAACAGAAUAGAUUCGGAAUGAUCAUAAAUAUAUUUAAAAAUACUAAAAAUAAUAAAUUCAUAAUUAAUUUGCUCCUGCAUCAAUAUCCCAUUGAUUGCUAGCCCUGUUUUCUAUAAAGUAUAAUUCUCGGAUAAUUGUAUACAUUCUGUGAUUUGAGCUAAUGGUUAAAAGUUAGGGAUCACAAAACUAAAAGAUCAAGGCCUAUAUUCCAAUUGGCUAAAGUGUUAUGCUUGCAAUGAUCUUUUUUGUUCAACCACUGCAUUUCGUAACCAGCCUGACAUUUCAUUCAGCUCCACAACUCUUAUUUUGAUAUAUUUAAGCCUGUCUUCAUGUCACUUGUACAUCCUUUGCAGUAAUUAUCUUUUUUAAUUUAAUGGUGAACUGAAUUUUAUGUUGACAAGAUGAUAUUCUCAUACUCUCAACUUACUAUUAUUUGUUUCAUGUGUUGAAAAUUAAAAAUCAAACUAGUGGGUCGUUCUCUGUUCAGUGGUUUAAGCAACAGUCACCUUGGUUCACAUGAGAUGA